ACAUCGCGACUAACAAUCAGUCGAUGUUCCACGCAAGUUAACUUUCACCUCCGAAACAAAUUCCCUCGUGGCCAUAGACUUAUCCAAACUUUUGUUUAAAAGUUUUUGACCAAAAGGUCCCUCUAAUUGAGUCUCUUCGUCUACUACAUACAUCGAGCCCUCGACAGUGUUAAGAACGACGAAUAAUAACCCGCUGUUAUUUUAUUUAUUUACUUUUUAUCUUCGUGCUUGGAAAGAACCCACCGUAUUUCCCAUGACUAAAGUGCAGUCUAGUCACAAGCUAGGAUGUAAAAAAGUGUCAGCGCAAAUUAUUGUUGUUUCAUUCUGUUGUACGGAUUCCGGAAUAGGAAAGAAGUUGAUCACGUGACACCCACCCACUGAGUGGACAUGUCAGUCGUUGGAGAAUGUGAUAAUGUGGAGCUGGACAGCUACUACCAACCCAAAAAGGAAGCGUGUUGUUUACAGAGAUCAUAGCACUGCUGGUUCUGGCUGAAAAAAGGUAUUCUGUAUAACCAUAUGUCAUGAGAAGCUUUCAGCAAAGUCACAAAGUCAUUUCUCCCCUUUCUACAGACAGCCUGGUCACUGGCCAUUCCAUAAUUUAUCUAUUUACUUUUAAGCCAAACGUCGAAUUUUUCGUUUGAUGACAAAUAUUCUUGGUGGCAAAACGAAGAUAAUUAAAGUGAACUCUGAGUGGUGAAAGACCUCUCCUGCGGAUGUUCUUUCGCUGUGGGAAAAGGAAAAGACAAAAGAAUAAAGUACAAGUGCGCUUCAUCAAAGCAUGUACAACGUAUAUUAAUAAGCUGAAAGUUGGAUGAAACGAGGCCAAGAAAUUUCACUCACAAUUCGUGAAUGGUUCAGAAGCCGGUGCUAAUUUCUGAACAUAAACUCUGCAUCAUCGAAUGCUAUCAUCAGUUCACACGUUGCCAGGGAAACCUGACUCCUAUGUCAGGAAUGAGACAGGCGCGGACAGAUCACACAGCCCCCUGGCACCCGACCGCCACCCAAGUGACAACUACCCGAACUUCGCGGAAGAGUGAACUCAACUCAAUGAUAAACUUUGUAAGAGAGUAUGUCUACGUACAAGUGAAGGAGUCAAUGAACUUGUUGAGGUCGUGAGGGCAGGUCAACAACCAGCGCCGGGGGAGGUGCAGGUCAAGUUCGUGCAGACGAGGGUGUCUGUGCGGGUGUGGGUGCAAGUCAAGGAUGAACUCAUUGAGACGCGGUGCCGGCGACUUUAUGACUGCCUACGGACAGAUUGAACUCCCGCUUCUCUUUGGAAUGUACGAUAACAUCACAAACAUCACCUUCCUGGACGUCUACUACGACUGGAGAAAGGAGUGGGAGGUUCUACACGAUCAGCGAUGGAAGGCGGCGGUCAUCGCCCUCUACGUCAUAGUCAUUGUGUUCGGUUGCAUGGCCAACGUGCUGGUGGUGGUGGUCAUCAUCCGCUACCGCCAGCUGCACACCGUCACCAACGUCUUCAUCGUGGCGCUGGGGCUGGCCGACGUGGCGCUGUGCGUGUUCAACCUGCCGCUGCAGCUGCACUACCAGCUGACAGACAACUGGGCCUUCGGGCGGCCGCUGUGCCACAUCGCCAUGACCACCUUCGCCGUGCCCAUGUUCGCCUCCUCCCUCUUCAUCCUGAUGAUCGCCAUUGACCGCUACAUGCUCAUCGUCUACCCCUUCAAGCGCCGCAUGACCGUGCGCAGCGCCAUCCUCAUCGCCAGCGCCAUCGUCGUCUUCACCGUGGCGCUGUCCGUGCCGAUGAUGGUCUACACCCGCGCCGUUAUCAUCGACCAUUUCAUCGACACGCACAAGGUGUACUGCGUGGAGGCCUGGCCGUCGCUGCCGCAGAAGCAGACCUACUCGGUCAUCGUCAUCCUCUUGCAGUUCGUCCUGCCGCUCGUCUUCACCUCGGUCUUCUACCGCCGCCUCUGCACGGUCCUCCGCAACCGCCCGCUCAAGCGGAACGAGACGCGCCGGAACUUGCGCACCAACCGCAUCCUCAUCACCGUCGUCCUGACCUUUACCCUGUGCUGGCUGCCCUGGAACCUCUUUAGCCUCACGUCCGAGUUCAACCAGCUGCUGGUCAAGGGCAAGUACUUCCGCCUCGUCGACCUCCUGCUUAAGAUCUUCGCCAUGGGCAGCGCCUGCGUCAACCCUUUCCUGUACGGCUGGCUCAACGACAACUUCAAGAAGGAGCUGGGCAAGUUCUUUGGCUACACCUUGUGCUGGAAGCGCCCUGGGCGCACGCAGGGGGAGUCCAUCUCCAUGGGGUACUUCUCAAAGACGACGAAUGUCGCCAACCAGUCUUGUUACCAGCCUCCUGGCCCCGCGUCUGGCGUCUGCCCCGCGACAGACCAACAGUCUUCAGCCAAGCUCUAGGUGUUCGUCAGGUGGGGUGUACGGUAUACUCUGCCAGCAAGAUACAGGGUGUUCGACAAGGAUGUAAACACCUAACAUCCGAGCCAAGUCCCGUGGCUAGCAGGUGUUUGUAAAACUGCGUAUCUGACCUGGAUCACGUGUAAUUACAGGUGUUGACGAAGGUAUGUGAACCUUACAAUGGCGAAAACGGCAGGAUAAAGACUUUGUGAGCCUCGCUCCUUCACUCUCCCCUCCAACCCACCCCUUCCAUUGCGACGGCUGUUCUGACACUUCUUGUCAACGAUUUCUACGUGACAAAGGUAGAUAUUUGACAAGAUAAGGCGAACAUGUGCAUUAUUUUCUGCUCUCUGAGAAAAAUGUUGAUCGCGUAUUACCAAGCUAUUGCCUUUACAGUCUGCCAAUUCGAAGACUGGGACGCAGGGGUGAAGGGUACGCACCCAAACCCUACACACGUCUUACAGAACAGUGGGCUUCCCACCCAAGACCCUAGCUGGGUGAGCUCGGCGUUUUGAAGUUGAUUGCAGUUGUGUCUGUUCAUGCAUGUCAUCAUACUGGAAGCUUUGUUACAAGUGGUCAUCAUUAAGACCCUUGGCAAAGCCAGUGAGCCACAGAGGCACUUUACAGGGUGUGGGGCAAUACACUGCAAUAUAUCGUACCUUAAAACAUGCCAAGCUGCAGUGUUGCGUUACUGGUUGUCCUCGGAGAUCCCUGGCAGGUCCAGCCAGCCAUACACGUGGACACUUUCCAGUUAUGGAAUUGUUUGUUUCUUUGUUUUCUUUGCUAUGCGGUCGCUCCCACAGCACACGUGUUUAGUGAAGUUUCGUGGACGUGAGUCUUGUGUGCUGCGUGCGGUCAUUUUCGCAAAUCAUCAAAAUCGUUGGUCCCGCUGUGACCGUUAUUCACUGGUCACCAAACCCGAUAGUGCGACAAGUGAGUUGCGGACGUCUCUGAUACGCUUCCGUGAUGUCCAUGUCUCAAUGUGGCCUAUCCUCCAUGCAGCAGCCAAUCAGACAGCACGCCGUAAAAUUUGAAUUCUUCACAAUCAAACAAACAAACAAACAAACAAACAAACAAACAAACAAACAAACAAACAGACAGACAGACAGACAGACAGACACAGACAGACAGACAGACAAACAAAAACUGGUGCUGAAGCAGAUUUCGCAUACGCCUACACUGCCACUUCAUCCGAUUUCAUAACCUGGCUAUUCAUGUGCACUUUGCUAGAAAGUUCUUCUAGCACUUGAAAGCAGAACACUUUACACAGAUGGAGCCACGAAUUGAGAAAAGCCAUUAACUUAACAUCGCACUGUGGAUGUCCUAAUAAUUCAUGGUUCUGAGAGCAUGUAGUGGAUCUUUGUGUUUCUUUGGAAACCUUUUUUUUUCACAUUGUUGACUUGAAUCUGUGAUUUUCUUCUCCCUUGUACACAUAUUCCAGUCUGAUUUCGCGCCUGUUCUAUGAAAUAUUUUAUCUCAUUAAAUGUAAUCAGAGUGCUGACUACACUCUUGUGAUAUCGUGAUAUAUGAAUGUUACGAAAUGUUCAAAAUCAAGAUAGCCUAUGCCCCCACAAUCCAGACUAGUCGUAAGUGGUGACACCUUACACCUGACCACCAGCAGCAGGUGAAUAACUUCAGAAACAAAAACAACAGAAGAAAACCUGUGUGGGAAAAAAACCGGAGCAAUCUCAUCUGAGUUUUUGCAUGCCAGCGCAUA